AGCCUCUUUGGAACAUUGCAAUUUAUCUUCCUUAGUCAUCAAGUGUACACCGACUAUGUUAUCAGGUUUUCUCAGAUAGCACAGUUGGAUGACAUUGUUGUCUCUGGAAUUCUACAACUACUUGCUACGUAUCUGACAGCAUUUACUGCUCAAAUAUUUUUUGUCACAAGAAUCUGGGCCUUGUCCCCACCUACAAUUACAAGAAAGCUGAUGUACACAGGACCUGUGCUACUUUUAGCUGUCUGUCAAAUUGCAUUUGGUAUAGCUCAGACUAUUCUUUCAUUCCGUGCAGCAAAAUUUUCUUUGCUCUCUAGUACCACUAGAAUUACGUCAACGCAGACUGGAACCACGGCAGCAUGUGAUAUUCUUAUUGCUGUUAUCCUCUGCAUGCUCUUGCAUAAAGCACGAUCAGGUUUCCAACGGAGUGACAAAAUCAUUGACAAACUAAUUUUGUACACUAUCAACCGUGGCAUUCUUACAAGCUUGUGUGCUUUGCUGAAUUUGAUAUUUUUUGUGGCUAUUCCCAACACAUUUAUAUUUUUGAUUCCACUAGAUAUUAGCUCACAACUCUAUGUCAUUUCUGUUGCAGCAAUGCUACUGUCCCGGAAAUCCAUUCGACGCAAUAAUGUCUCAGACCACAUCUCUACAGAUUCAGACUUUCCAUUGCAAAAUAUUAACCUCAAUACAUCAACAACUAUUCAAAUGCAUCAGGAAACUUUCACUGUUGAUGACCAGCAUCAAGCUAUUAAUAAAGAAGGGCAGAAGGAUUGCAGGUUUACACAGGAUUGAGCUGAAUUCUAUAUGGUAAAGCAGCCAAGACCAGAUGACAGGCUCAUUACAAUCUUAUUUAACUCAAUUGUGAUUGAGUUUUUCAUCAUCUUGUUCUAGAGCCUCAAAUUGUAAUGUUAUGCCUUGAUGGAGAGAAUUGUGGAGGAGCUGCCACUCUUCCCAUACCCUGCAUACUCUGAAGGGCCAUUGCCUUGAAUGUGAUCUGAUACUAGUAC